UCGACAGGGUUCAAUGUAUUUGCAACCAACCCACACACCUUACCCAACAAAAGAAUGGUUUCAACCAAGGCGUUAUAAGGAUUUUCCCGAAUUAUUUGGCCAAGCUAUUAGAAUACUAUGGAAUUGUGCAUAUCAUAGUCCAAACAUUAAAUGUCCUUGCGAUGUUUUGGAAGCCAAAGAACUUGUGCUUGACGAGAAUAAUAAUUUACAAGAAGUGGAAAGAGCUUCGGGAACGAAUUCAUUAGCAACCGAAUUGGCAAGAUCAUUGGGAAUACCUAAAGCAUACUUGUCAGCAAAUUCUGGUGCAAGAAUUGUAUUGGAGGAAGAAAUUAUGAAUAAUUUUAACGUUGUAUGGAUUGAUAAAGGAAAUCCAAGCAAAGGUAUUAAAUAUCUUUAUCUUGAUUCAGAGACAUAUAAGCAAUUACAUCAAAAUGGAAGGAAAUCCGUUAUCGCGGAAGAAAUUGUUGAGGAAGGAGAAACACGACAUAAAAUCACCGAUAUUAUUGGAUCAAAAGAUGGGAAAAGUGUUGAAUGUUUGAAGGGCUCGGGAUUAAUCGCCGGAAUAACAUCACGAGCAUAUGAGAACGGUUUCACAAAAACAUACUUGGAUGUUUGUUAUAUGCCUCCUAAAGGGCCUUACAAUUCAAGAUGGUUAAUUGCGGGUAAAUAUGAGAUUGAGAGAUAUCCCAACAUUGGACGAGCACGUCUUAGUGGAAUUGUCGAAAGUAUAGUUCCGGCUGAUCCAGCUAAUGCAGAUUCUCAUCAACAGCUGAUGAUCGAAGCCGGACAAGUGGUCAAAGGGCAUGUUUCAAGAGAUUCUAAAUAUGUUCCUUAUAUCGUGGAUGCACUUACCAUCUACAAGCAGCCUAUUUAUCCUACCAUUAACGAUGAAAUGAUGGAAAUGUACGCCGAUGAAAAAUCAAGAGCUGGUGUACUUGAACCCGAAGGAAUUGUAGAAAUCAAAUUCAGAAAGCCACAAUUGCUCGCAACAAUAGAAAGGGAACAAGCAUUAUUACCGAUAUAUUCACGAAUAGCGAUUCAAUUUGCAGAAUUACAUGAUACACCAGGAAGAAUGAAAUCCAAAGAAACGAUAAGAAAAUC